GAGGUAAGAAGAUAUCAUAUCAAACUGUCAUUUACCAAAGCAGCCCUGUUGGAGCUGCACGUGCUCGCUCCUCGCGUGAGAACAUUACCGGAGCUGAGACGAGCAGCUGGCAGCUUUGCUAAGAAGUAAACAACUCGAGAGAUGAACAGUGAAAACUUCAGCCUGAGCGAGAAGAUCGUGUCGACCUCCUACGUACGACAGGGGAGCCAGGCACGUCGCAGCCAUGAGCAGCUCAUCAGACUCUUACUGGAGCAGGGUAAGUGCCCGGAGGAGGGAUGGAGUGAGAGCACCAUCGAGCUCUUCCUGAACGAGCUGGCUGUGAUGGACAGCAAUAACUUCCUCGGGAACUGCGGCGUAGGAGAGAGGGAAGGCCGCGUGCUGUCCAGCCUCGUGGCAAGACGACAUUACAGGUUGAUGCAUGGCAUCGGUCGGUCAGGUGACAUUGCUGCUAUUCAACCCAAAGCUGCAGGAUCCAGUCUGCUCAACAAGCUGACCAACUCUGUGGUGUUGGACAUCUUAAAGCUCUCAGGUGUCCGCAGUGUGGCGAGCUGCUUUGUAGUUCCCAUGGCAACAGGAAUGAGCUUGACUCUGUGCUUCCUGACCCUUCGCCAUCGAAGACCCAAGGCUCGCUACAUCGUCUGGCCUCGCAUCGACCAGAAGUCCUGUUUCAAAGCCAUGAUCACAGCAGGCUUCGAGCCGGUGGUGGUGGAGAAUGUUCUGGAGGGCGAUGAGCUGCGGACAGACUUGGAAGCGGUUGAGCGCAAGAUCGAGGAGCUCGGAGCCGAGAACAUCCUGUGUGUUCAUUCAACAACAUCCUGCUUUGCCCCGCGGGCCCCUGACAGACUUGAGGAGCUGUCCGCUGCGUGUGCCAAGCUAAACAUCCCCCACAUAGUGAACAAUGCGUACGGAGUGCAGUCGUCUAAAUGUAUGCACCUCAUACAGCAGGGGGCUCGCGUUGGAAGGAUUGAUGCGUUCGUACAGAGCCUGGACAAGAACUUCAUGGUUCCAGUAGGUGGCGCCAUAAUCGCAGGUUUUGAUGAGUCCUUCAUUCAGGAGAUCAGCCAGAUGUACCCAGGUCGAGCGUCGGCUUCCCCUUCGCUCGACGUCCUCAUCACCCUCCUCACUCUGGGAGCCAGCGGCUACAAGAAACUCCUGUCAGAGAGAAAGGUGAGAGCACGCACACGUCACCGACCGGUGUUUGUCAUCGUGGCUCAGCUUGGUGGUUCCCACAUCUACAAGUUUGAUGAGGACCAAAGCAGGUUCAGCAAGUUUCAGGACAUUGAGGUGUCCAAGAUCUCCAAGCCCAAUGACAUUGAAGUAUUCCAGAUCGGCUCUGACUGGUUCUUUGUGAUUGCUGACAGUUCAAAAGCCGGCCUGUCCACCCUCUACAAGUGGAACGUGGGCUUUUAUUCAUACCAGUCGCUGCAUGAGUGGUACCGCGACACAGAUGCAGAGUUCCUGGACUUGGAUGGGAAGGCCCACCUUAUCUUGGCAAGCCGCUCACAGGUGCCUGUGAUCUACCAGUGGAGUCGGGCAACCAGAAGUUUGUCCUUCAGGGCGAGGAUCCCUCACAUGGAGGACGUUGUAGCUGUAAAGCACUUCCGGAUCAAGGAGGAACUCUACCUGGCUAUGACGCGCUAUAUUGUGACUCCAAAAUCCUGCGUUGGGGUACCAAAACAGUUUGCCGAGGUCCAGGCCUUGCCAUCACGAGGCUCCAUGAUCCUCCAGCCGUUUUCCUUCAAAGAGCGUUACUAUCUGGCGUUGGGAAGUGAUUACACCUUCUCGCAGAUCUACCUGUGGGAUGAUGAGAACAAACUCUUUGACCGCUUCAAGGAGGUGUACAUCCAGGCUCCGCGCUCCUUCACUGUGGUUUCCACUGACCGCAGGGACUUCAUCUUCACCUCCAGCUUCAAGGGAAGCACACAGAUCUUUGAACACAUCAUCAUUGACUUGAGCUUGUGAGGGGCUCCGCUUCAUUGUCCCUCCUGCAAUCGAACGUCUUCCACUGAAAAGAUACAUUUGUGAAUGGAAAAGAAAGGAGCAGAAAAGACUUAAUGAACUGUCAAAUAUCAAUUCCUCCAUAAGUUUCUGUGGCGAAUACGAGCUGGGUCAAGUGGUGUUUAGAAUCCUUUUAGUUUUUAAGGUUUCUUGACUUUCUUAAUGGCCUUGUCCAUCUGUUCUCAUGGUCUCUCUUUCAGAGACUCUCCCAUUUCACUAAGAGGGUGGACAAUUGUACAAGGAGGCUGGUAUUCUCCUAAAAACCAGCUAACAUUCCUGAGGGUGGAAAGAUUUGACGUAUAAUUUGAUCUAUUUGGAUCCAUCUAUAGGUUUAGUAUCCCCUGUGUUAAUGGUUUUAUACCCCAAAUAAUACACACCAGGACCUGAGAGAAAAAUAAUAUUACUAAUUCUGUUUUUGGGGCAUGUAACGGGUGUGGUUGCUCAUGCCGCUCAUACCUGUGGUAAUGUACAGUUUGUUGCCUUAUCAGCACUGGGUUCUGUGUUCUGAUGGGCCCAGAGUGCCUCCCUCUGGCCGUGAUAAAGUAUCACACCCCUUUGCUUUUUCCGUACAGGGAAUGUCUUGAAAGCACAAACCUUUAAUUACGUACCCGAGACCCCAACCCUUAGAGCGUAGUUGUUAGGUGGACAAUGUUACUGUAGGUGCUAUAGAUUAUACUGCGUACAGUAAAAAGAAAAGAAACAGUUUGUUCUUUUAGGAGGUGAAAUAUUCAGGACUGGAUAUAGCUAAUUCCUUUUUCAACAAACACGUGAAUGAAAUAACCUUUUAGUCCAGACGAAGAUAGAAGCUCUUUUUAUCCAUUUAGAGUUCCAGUGAUGUCAGGGAAAUAAACAUACUUAUACGUUUGAAAUAAUAACAACAGUUGUUGUUCUACUGACAUAAUUUGACUUUUCUUUUUCGAAUAUAUAUAUAUAUAAAAAAUGAAAAAAACGGCUCCUCACCGCAGAAGUCAUUAAGUCAAGCAAAUAAAUUUGACAAAAGAUGUCAUUUGUCCACAAAUGAAGGAAACAAUGUUGAUGUAAAUAUAUUCACAAGUUGAGAGGCUUUUUCUGUCUGUCAUUCUCUUCUUACUAAUACUGAAUGUUGACUUACAAGCUACAAAAUGUACAAAAAACAUGGACUGCAAUGCCACUACCUGUUUGUCACACAAAACCUGAACGGAUCUUUGAACUUACUUUUAAAAAAUAAAACGUUACUACAGCUUGCAAGCGCAUGACAUUCAAAAAAGGGUGUUUGCCAAAUUCUUUUUAAAUGAACCUAACAAACGCCGAAGUCUUAAAGUGCUUCUACUCAUUACGUGAACGUUAUUGUAAUUAAAAAUGUAAAAAGCAUACUGGAAUAUGAAAGCUUUACAACAUGCAGAUUCUUUUGUAUGAUUUUGUUUUAAGCAUAUUGAAUGUUACUCAAAAUAUACUGUAAAUUUAAUCAGUUGGGUAUCAAAAUAAAUGUGUCAACGUAC